AUGGCUGAACAGAUCUCACUGGAGGCUGCUACUCGGCGGUAUAAAGAGCCGAUUUCUUGGUUUACAGGUGUCAGAUACUCGGUCGUUUAUUAUGCGCUGCAUUACUUUAUCGUCGUUGCGAAUAAUGUUCUUGCGAUCAAGGAACGGUUCAUAACGCCGAAGAAUGGACCUACUGUCAUCAAGAGAUAUCCCUGCCGACCAAAGCUCCCUCUCAGGAUCUUCUAUCCAAAGGGCUUUGACGCAAAGGCUGGAAAGAGUCUCCCAACCAUCCUCAACAUCCAUGGCGGCGGCUUUGUGGUAGGAAACCCUCGCGACGAUGAUCUCUUUAACUACACAUUCGCGAACAUGCACUCCGUCAUCGUCGUGGCACUUAACUACACCAAAGCCCCACGCGCACGCUUUCCAACUCCAACCUACGAUCUGGAACAGCUCGUACUCGCCGUUUUGUCCGAUUCUUCUCUGCCCAUCGACCACGAGCGUGUUGCGCUCAUGGGAGCAUCUGCUGGAGGUAACUUAGCCCUUUCCGUGUCGAUUCUGCCUAGUAUGAACGGUACUGGCGAUGGUGUGAGGAGGAUCAAGACUGUUAUCCCGUUGUACCCUGUUGUGGAUGUAUCUGUGACUCGGGAUUUCAAGACACAGCACAGACAGUAUAAGCCUUCUCUUGGAGGUUUCCGAGCGAAUCCUGUGGAUUAUCUUUUGAGACUUUCGCCAUUUUUCGAUGCUGCUUAUACCCUGCCCGGCCAAGACCUGCAAGAUCCCAUCCUCAGUCCCAUCUACGCCUCAAAGGAGCAACUCCCACCCAACAUCUUCAUGCUGGGCAUCGAGCUGGACAUGCUGGCUAAUGAAGUCUGGAGAAUGAUCUGCGGUCUAGCAGGCCAUGAAGUUGGAGAUCAGACUGUCGGUCGAAACCAUGUUAAUCCUCCUGGGAAACUAAUACUUGAUGAUGAGAGGUUUUCGUUUGAGGUGAAGAAGGAUGGUGGGAACUAUAGAUGGUUGUUGGUUCCUGAUCAAAUCCAUGGAUAUGAUCACUAUGAUUCUUUGGAGUUGUUGCAUGGGGAUAAGGAGUUGUCUAAGGAUGCAGAUUUGAAGACUAGGGAGGCUCAGAAGGUGAUUGGAAAGUGGCUGUUUGAGGGGCCCUUUGCAUAG